UUUCCAAAGAUUUCGAAAAUGGAGCCUCUCACAACUACUUAUCCUCUGAAGUACUCAGUGCCCAAAGCCAGGGUCUUCGUUGUCUUUCUGUCGAUGCUUUUGUGUACCGCCAUUCUCUGCCUGCUGCAACUCAGAUUUUUUAAACCUAAAUUCAAAGAUUUUUAUUCUUUUGAAGUCAAGGAUUCACGAGGAAGGACCAUUUCCUUGGAAAAGUACAGAGGGAAAGCAACUUUGGUUGUAAACGUGGCCAGUUACUGCCAACAUACAGACAAAAAUUACAUCGCACUGCAGGAACUACACAGAGAGUUUGGCCCCUCCCACUUCACUGUGCUGGCUUUUCCUUGCAACCAGUUUGGAGAAUCAGAGCCUAGUUCAAGCCAGGAAAUAGAAUCUUUUGCCAAAGGAAACUAUGGAGUAACCUUCCCUGUUUUCCACAAAAUCAAGAUCCUAGGAUCAGAAGCAGAGCCUGCCUUUAAAUUUCUAAUAGAUUCUUCAAAGAAAGAGCCUCGAUGGAAUUUCUGGAAGUACCUUGUCAACCCUGAGGGUAAAGUUGUGAAAUUCUGGAGACCAGAAGAGCCCAUAGAAAGUAUCAGGCCAGAAGUAGCAUCAUUAAUCAGGCAGAUUAUAAUGAAAAAAAGAGAAGACCUUUGAAAAAGACCACUCACAUUGUGAAUCUGUUCAACAGCGUGAGCACAGCCUUACUGCAUUCCUGGGAAAUGCUGCUAGAAGCUAAACCAUAAGGAGAUUGUACUUCCAUUUGGUGUUAGUAUUUUCAGCUACACUAUGUCUGUAAAAUUUGGACUGGCUCCUGCACAGGCCUUGAGAAGCACCAAGGUUACUGAGAAUGGCAAGGUGCUCAAUACCUUGCACAGACAAACCUUCCAUUUCAGUAAAGUUUCUGAAUGUUUCUUUAAAUUGCUUACAAUAGCUAAUUACAAUUAUGACAAGCAGGGAGAUAGUUGAAGAGAAUUUUUUGAUAAAUUACUCAGUAUUUGCACAAAUGAGUUUGUUUCCUCUCUACCAGUAACCCAUACUGUUAGCACAGAAUUGCCCUGAAAGACAUGGGGCCCAGAGACAUCAUGCCAGGUGUUUUAGAGACAAAUGCAACUGAAGAUACCAGCUUUGCAGUGUGUUCCAAGGGAGGAUUACUGAAUUGUGAAGCUGUUAACUUAGUUGUAAAAAAAUGUA